AUGAAAUAUUCAGAUUUUUUAGGAUUGACUCAAGAACAACAAAGAGUGGAGGCUGAUAAUCUAUUUGGUAGAUUCCCAAUAGCUUCCAGAAAUGAAGAUAUCAACAGACUAAUUACAACUAUUAGAAGAACAGUCUGUUGA